GAGACCGAGACCGAGAUGGCUUUUUGCUUCCGUGCGCAGAGAUACGUUUUCUCGAGCCGACGGAUGCUGCUGCCCUCCGUGUGUGUGCUGGCCUUUUACUUCCUCUUUGGAUUCCUGUACCAGUUGAGCCCGACGCUGGGACUGAAUUCGAGAGUCCCGAGCCAACUGCAGGCGAGGCCACCCCGCGACAGCCGACCGCCCGCGAGCGCCCCCGACGACUAUAUUCCACUAGACAUCGAACCUCUCGUCGACAACUCUCCCGCACGCAACCCAGUCCAGGAUCUUCAAGAUGCUGUGCCCAACUUGCCCUCUCGUUAUUGGCUCAAGAAAGACAAGGGUAUGGGCAUGAACAAAACCUGUGCCAAGUAUCCAUCUCUGUACCAGAUCCGCUUCAACAACGGCCGGUGGCAGACGUUCGACACUUCCAAUGGGACCUUCUACCUAUUCAAUGCAUAUUAUGACAACAGGACCUUGGCAGAACGACCAGCAGUGCGUGUCCUGGGGAUGCUGAACCGCGUCGAUCCUCAACUCAACACUUCCUGCCAACUUUGGUUCAAUGGAACAAGCAAACCAGUGUUCGCAAAGGUGUCGGAAUACAAAUAUAUCUGGAUUAAGGCAUUUGGCAAAUACAAAAACGGCGUGCUUCAACCUUAUUUGUUAUCAUGCCAAGUGCCAUCUGACUAUGCACAUCAGGUGCCAGAGUCUGUGUCCCUCGUAGAACGGCCAUGUGACACAUCCACAACAAACCUCAGGGUCCUUAACAAUCGUCCACCAGAAGGUAAGACCAAAGACUUUGCUGUGUGCGUUAAGGGCCUUGACAUUCAUCACGCAGACAAGAGCAUCCUCCUCGUUGAAUGGCUGGAGACGCUCUACCUCCUAGGAGCUGAUAAGGUGUUCCUGUAUGACCUGCAUGUGCAUCCGAACACGGCCAAAGUUUUAACAUACUACCAGAAAACCGGUUUUGUGGAUUUGACUAAACUCACCUUGCCCGGAGACCAGCCAAACAUUCCUGGACUAACACACAAGUACCUUAAGGAGAAGGGUGGUUACAAACGGCUCAAUGAACUCGUCCCUUACAACGAUUGUCUCUACAGGAACAUCUACAGCUACAAGUACGUGGUUCUCUUAGAUAUAGACGAGAUUAUCAUCCCAAAGAAUACAUCGUCUUGGAGAACACUGAUGAAAGUCCUAGUCAAAAACGCUUUCAAGGCGAACAAGAAACCAAGUACCUCCUUCGCUGCGCGCAACGUGUACUUCCUGGACUCCAUGCAAGAGAAACAUGGCUUCUAUAAGGAUAUACCCCAAUACAUGCACAUGUUGCAGCACGUGCACCGAGCCAGGAACUACACCAAACCAGGUGCUUACGCCAAGUGCUUCCACGACACCCAGAGUGUAUUUACGCUCCACAAUCACUUUCCCUUCUCCUGUUUGGGAAAAGGCUGUCACGCCUACUACAUUCCCACAGAAGACGCUCAUCUGCAGCACUACCGCCAAGAAUGUGUUGGAGAGCUUCGCAAGGUGUGCGAGAGCGAAUUCAAGGCGCACACGGUCAAGGAUACAGCGAUCUGGAGGUACAAGAAAUCGCUGAUAAUACGUACUUCUAAAGCCCUGAGGCGACUAGGAUUCUUCAGACAGAAGUCUCACAUCUCGUGAGAUUACUAAUGUGUUCAUGGUGUAUUUACUCAGGCCUGUUUGUUCAAAGUGUAAUAUUCUUACUUGCUAUUAUUUACAUCUUAGUAUUAUCUGGAAAGAACACGCUUAAUUAAGUAAUUAUCUUCAUAGCAACAUUGUUCCAAACUAUGAUGAAU